ACAUGCGCUUCGCCAUUUUCAUCUUCAUUUCGACCUCUCUUGCGCUCCUCAUCCCGAGAUGCGACAAAGGGUACGCGGGCUCAGACAACUCCAAUAGUGACCGUUCUUCUGAUGCGUAUAUAGUGNAUCACGCCUCCUCAUCUGUCGCCGUCGGCGAUUUGGAAGCUUCUCCUAUCGCUACUGCUACGCAAACCGUCUCCGAAUCAAGAUAUCCUUAUACCAAGAAGAUCAAGACUACUUCUACCAGAACUCCUUCGACUACACCUUUGGCGACCCGUGCUGUGACGACCGAUAUCGACGAGCCCGAAACUGGUGAGGUUUCGACAAGCAGCUGCAAACCUAGCUCUAUCUGUGUGGACAUGAUCAACUCUUGCGGCCACCGUUAUGGAGGAUGCUAUGAUCAAAACUUCUGCGAUGGCAACACAAGCCCAUUCCCUAUCCCUCCUGCUUGUCCAACCAUGACGACGAUCAAGCGGGCAGCCGUAGCACCUCCAGCUAUCACUCCAGCU